GUUAUUUUGGAUUUUAGGGUUCUUUAGCUGGGAAAGAGCUCGGUUUCGGGCUGGUGGAAGAUGGUGUUCAAAUCUAGAAUAAAAUGGAUUGCGCUUUUUGUGUUGAUCUUAUCAAUGGGAUCUCUGGUUGUUCAUCUUUCCAUGACCAAGUCUUCCGGUGUACAGUUGGCGUAUUCUGCAAGAGAUAACCUUUGGCAAGAUUUUGAUUCUUUGUUAGGCGCACAGGAUUUUAGAAAUAAGCACUUAUGGCGGCCUGUCAAAUCAUUAGAGACCUUACAGCCGUAUGCCAAUCCAAGAAAUAGUUAUCCUGCACCCAGUUCAACAAACAAUCGUUUCAUUUAUGCAAAGAUAUUUGGUGGAUUUGACAAGAUAAGAUCUUCUAUAUGUGAUCUUGUCACCAUAUCCAGGCUUCUGAAUGCUACUCUUGUCAUUCCAGAGCUUCAAGAAAGUCUUCGCUCAAAAGGCAUUAGUUCUUUACUCUACUUUGUUUCUUACAUGCUGUGCAGCAACAAGUUCAAGAGUUUCUCCUAUCUUUAUGAUGAAGAGCAGUUUAUAGCCUUUCUUAAAAAUGAUGUUAUAGUUACGAAGACCCUUCCUGAGAGCUUGAAAGCCGCAAGAAAAAGGAAUGAGUUCCCUCUUUUUAAGCCCAAAAACUCUGCAUCACCAAAAUUUUACCUCGAGGAUGUAUUGCCAAAGUUAAAGAAAGCUAAUGUUAUUGGAUUGAUCGUCUCUGAUGGAGGAUGCUUGCAGUCAACUUUGCCCGCUUCAAUGCCUGAACUCCAAAGAUUAAGGUGUAGAGUUGCCUUCCAUGCCCUCCAGCUUCGUUCAGAAAUCCAGGUGCUGGGGAAGAAGAUGGUUGACAGGUUACGUAAAUCAGGUCAACCUUUCUUAGCUUAUCAUCCUGGCUUAGUAAGGGAGAAAUUGGCAUAUCAUGGUUGUGCUGAGCUUUUCCAGGAUAUUCACAGUGAACUCAUCCAAUAUCGGCGGGCUCAGAUGAUCAAGCAGAAGUUUAUUUUAGAAGAACUUAUUGUAGACUCACGCUUGCGCAGGGACAAUGGCUUAUGUCCUCUCAUGCCAGAAGAGGUUGGAAUUCUUUUGAAAGCAUUGGGUUAUUCUCAAAAAGCGAUCAUAUACUUAGCUGGUUCUGAAAUGUUUGGCGGCCAACGGGUUUUGAUCCCUCUGCGUGCCAUGUUCCCUAAUUUAGUGGAUCGGACUUCUUUAUGCAGCACGGAGGAAUUAUCAGAAUUGGUUGGUCCUGAGACACCUCUUCCAGAGAAUACAUUUAAAAUGCCUCCUCGAAAAAGCGAUAAGCAACUCAAAGAAGAGUGGAACAAGGCUGGUCCUCGACCUCGACCUCUACCUCCUCCUCCAGAUAGACCUAUCUACCAGCACGAAAAAGAAGGAUGGUAUGGUUGGCUGACAGAGAAUGACACAGAACCAAGCCCUUCACCUAUGGAUCUUAGGAAUCAAGCACACAGGUUACUGUGGGAUGCCCUCGAUUUUGCUGUUUCUGUAGAAGCUGAUGUGUUCUUCCCUGGUUUCAACAACGAUGGUAGUGGGUGGCCAGAUUUUUCAAGUUUGGUGAUGGGUCAGAGGCUCUAUGAAAGACCCUCUUCACGAACAUAUAGACUGGACAGGAAAGUUAUUCAAGAACUUUUCAACAUUACUCGUGAGGACAUGUACCAUCCCAACCGUAACUGGACACUUCGUGUGAGGAAACAUCUUAACUCGAGUUUGGGUGAAAGUGGGCUUAUCAGGCAGUCUAUGUUGUCGAAACCUAGGUCGUUCCUUUCGCAUCCACUUCCUGAAUGCUCAUGCAGAACCUCGGCCCUUGAGGAUUCCAGGCAAAUACGGAGUGAUGAUGGUAGAUUUCUCUAUGGAGGUGAGGAUGAAUGCCCUAAAUGGAUAAAAUCAGCGGGAGUGGAAAAGAGUAAAACUGACGAUGGUGAUCAGCCUGAUUAUGAACAUGACCUUCUCGCUGAACAGUCAGAAACUGAAGAAGAAUUUGCAAAAAGAAAGGCGAAGAAGCAAACAUACGGAGAUAUCGGUAUUGCCCCCGGACGCCCUUAUGCAUCGAAGGACGGACAACUGAUGCAGCAAAAGGAUGUCCGUUAUGCUUCAUCCUUCUCUGAGGUCUUCCCUUGAAGCAAAUGUGAAGCUGGAGGUAUCUUUUGCUCUUCUUUUUUUCAUCAUUGUAAAUCUGAUUUAAGGUUCAUAUUCAGAUUCUUUUAUCCCUUUUUCUCCAAUAGUUUUUUCUGGAUUUGUUUUGACACACUACAGAUAUAAAAGAUAAAGGUAUAU